AUGACUUCCGCCUGGAGACCGCUUCCACCCCAAGAUCAUGAUCAUCUACUUGAAAAUGCUGAAGUCGUCGCUCCUUUGAGUGUACAAGUACCGGGAAAUGGAUCUCACAGUGAUGCGGAACAAAGUGUAAGGGGCGAGAGUUCUGCUGGCCAUGUGGAUGACCGUGAGAAAGACUGCUGCUGUCAAACUUCAAGGUGCCGUUGUUCGGCUCGGACAGGCUUGUUUGCAGUUCAAUGUUCUGCCUGCUUCAAGUGGAGGCUUAUCCCUUCAAAGCGGGUGUAUGAAGAUAUACGUCAGGCCGUUCUUGUGGACCCCUUUGUGUGUGACAAAGCAAAGAAAUGGAACCCACAUGUAUCGUGUGCUGUUCCGGAUGAUAUACAGCCAAGCGAGGACAUGAUUUGGGGGAUUGACGACCCAAUUGAUGCGCCUGAGCCUCCUCCUGGAUGGGAGAGGCUGUUGCGCAUUAGGAACCGUUGGUGGGACUACCGAUUUGCUGAUGUGUUUUAUGUUGCACCAAAUGGCAAGCGGGUGCGUUCAAAAUCGGAGGUUGAAAGGUUUUUCACCGAAAACCCAGAAUAUGUUCGUGAGGGUGUACAUAUCAACCAAUUCUCCUUUUAUGCCCCAAAGCCACAACUGAACAGUUGUGGUUUCUACAUUCCAUCGUGA